UCUUCUCUGUCUUUCUUUUUAGAAAAGAAAAGUGGCUUACACACUCCAGCUGCAAGCUCUUUGAUUCAUUUAGUCGAAAAAUCUACCUCGACCGGCUUCCCAACUUUAAAUAUUCCUUGGUAGAGACAAAAAAAGAAAAGGCAAUAAAAUGGGAGACAACAUCAAAAAUUACAGUUUCAACACCGGCAAGAUUUCAACUUUUGGAGUACUUGACUAUGUAAUAUUUUCUUUGACUCUGAUGGUAUCCGUAGCCAUCGGGAUAUUUUAUGCCAUCAAAGACCGGCACCAAACAAGUACGAAAACGUAUCUUCUUGCCGGGGGUAAUAUGUCUGUAUUGCCCGUGGCCCUUUCGUUGGUGGCCAGUUUUAUGUCGGCUAUAACACUUCUAGGGACACCUGCUGAGAUAUAUAAUUUCAACACCAUGUUCAUGGACAUGACUCUAGCUUAUAUCGUUGCUAUGUUCCUGGCUGCUUACGUCUAUGUUCCUAUAUUCUAUCGGUUGCACAUCACCAGCGUUUACGAAUAUUUGGAACACCGAUUUGACAAACGCCUCCGCCUCCUCGGCAGUUUGAUCUACUGCGUUAUGAUGAUCAUGUACAUGGCGAUCGUCCUCUACGGUCCCUCUCUCGCCUUGAAUGCUGUGACUGGUUUUCCGUUGUGGGGUGCUGUAAUUGCAGUAUGGUCCGUUAGCACAUUCUACACCACCGUGGGAGGAAUGAAAGCAGUCGUAUGGUCAGACACUUUCCAAGCAACUAUGAUGGUUAUCGGUCUGUUAUGUGUUCUCAUCCAAGGAAGCAUUGAAGUAGGAGGACUAACUAAAGCAUGGGAAAUCGCCGCUGAAAAUCAUCGGAUCAAAUUCUUAGAGUUUAGUGUGGAUCCGCGUGAACGCCAUACAAUCUGGGCGUUUGUGAUAGGUGGAGGUACUAUGUGGGCAAGUAUAUAUGGAACUAACCAAGCGCAGGCUCAGCGGACUUUCUCUCUGCCAACCUUGAAAAAAGCUCAAUUAGCCAUUUGGAUAAACUUUCCAUUGCUGCUAGUGAUCCUAUAUUUAUGUGGUCUGAUUGGAGUGGUCCUUUAUGCAUUUUACAGCAAAUGUGACCCCUUGCACGCCGAACUCAUCACAGCAUCAGAUCAGUUAGUACCUCUGUUUGUCAUGGACACACUUCAAAAUCUACCUGGUGUACCUGGAAUGUUUUUGGCUUCAAUUUUCAGUGGAACAUUGAGCACCAUCGCUGCAGGAAUGAAUUCUCUGUCUGCUGUGAUUUUCCAAGAUUUCUUGAAACCGUACUGUCUUAAAGGAAUGUCCGAUGCAAAAUCAACGAUUGCUACAAAAAUUUUGGCUCUGUGUUUGGGCGUCUUGUGUUUGGCAGCAACAGUCGGUGCCUCGAAACUUGGUGGAAUUCUUCAAGCGGCAUUGGCUCUUUAUGGUUGUUUAUCAUCACCAAUGCUCGGACUAUUUACUCUUGGAAUGAUCUUUCCGUGGGCAAAUGCUUGGGGAGCUCUCGCCGGUAUCUUAUCUAGUAUUUCUAUAAUGACUUGGAUCUCAGUCGGCCAUUACAGUUCGAAAGUCAGAGCAUACAUGCCACCAGUCAGCGUUGCGGGAUGUGGAAUCAAUAUUACAACUUUAGCUGAAAAUGUCACAAUAGUGAAUAAAUCCGUAUUGCCAGAAUUUGUUUAUCCAACUGGUAUGGAGGGACUAUACAGCGUAUCGUAUCUUUGGUAUAACGUAAUGGCUUUCGCUAUUGUUAUACUUGUGGGCCUUGCUGUCAGUUUUGCAACCGGGGCCAACAAUCCAGAAGAUAUAGAUCCAAAAUACAUCUGUCCUAUCUUUGAUGUUUUUUGUCCAUGCCUGCCUGAGAGAAUAAGGAAGAAGCUAUACUUCGGUGUGAAGCACGAAAAUAAAUACGCAGAAGCGGAUAAAGAGGAUAAAGCUGACUUAGAGAUGGACGCCGCCAUGGAGAAUGAUGUAUCCGCAGCGACACCUCCCGCCUGAGAACGUGUGAAGACAAAGUCACGUGCGACAUACUGUCUCGUCCAAUAUGUUGUUAACACUCAGCAUACAACUCCAUCUCUCUCAUAUUAGCGCUAGCAUACACCCACACUUGAAGUACACACGCACACAUAUACUCCAGACAGUCUCUUAUCUGUACAGACAAACAUACAUUCAUACAUUCAACAAAAACCCAGGCCAACACAUAAACACAGCGCUUAUAUUUCUAUUCUAUAUAAAUCAUUGUCUUUAUCAAACACGGAUUAUCACAAUUCCCCCAUCUCUUCUUACCUGAAAUGUUCUCGGGUUUCAUACUGAGGUCAGAAACACUAAAUGUUAUUGAAUUUCAAUAAUGGCUGAAUUUGUUCUUCACUUUCAGCUCGGAUUUGGUAAAACAUGCCAAUGAUAAGCUGGAAUAAAUGUGACUCGACUACACUUCUCUCCGUGAAUACAGCCAUUAUUACAAAUCUUGAAGGUGAUGAAUUAGCAGAAUCCUUUGAGCGUCGAACAAAAUGCCAUACAGUAUUUCGGCUCUUUACGUUCUGAGUUCAAAUCUCAACGAGGCCAACUUUACCUUUCAUCUCUCCGGGGUCGAUAAAAGAAAUCAGCAGUUACAUACUGGGAUCGUGAUAUUGACUUAUCCUUCUCCUUGGAAUUGCUGGCCUUGUGUCUAAAUUAGAAACAAUUAUCAUUCUCAGUUUCGUUUUCCAGACGGGAGUGGCUUCUUUUAUUUUACUAACGCCCUUGAUGGAAACGAACUUCACAACACUCCGUUUUUCUCCAUCGUUUUAUACCUAAAUAAAUACAUACCGAAUAUUUCCGGUUUAAGUUGA